AUCUGAGUUCAGUUUCGUCGUGCGUACUAAAGUAAUUAGUUCGUUUCGUUUCACCGCUUCGCGAAAAUGCGACUUCGAGCGUCAUGGAGGAAGCUCGAUUGCAUUUUCGGAUUAUCGAAAUGGAUCGUUCUUUUCACUUGUCUCCUUUCAUUAAUACCAAGUGGCAUAAACGCGCAAAAUAAUACGUUUGAGAAUUUCUUCGGAUUGGAAUCGAUUACAAAUAAUAAUGCGGAAGAGAACAUCGAAUUGCUGCACGAGAAAGGAACGGAAACUUCUCCGGAGCUCGAAGAUCUCGCUCGAGAAGAACUAAAAGAAGAGAAGACUUCAACUCCAAUUGAGAAAAAAGAUGAAGCUCCAAUCGGGGAAAAUUUGAGCAAAUUUUCAUCGGAUACUAAUUAUUUACUUGUACCUAAAAGCUUGCCCACGAAUAAGAAGGAUUUGUUUGUUCAAACUAUUUCUGGUAAAAUGGCAGACGAGAAAAAUGGAAAAUAUGUGAGAUACGAUUCGGAUUCACCUGAGGCUGAUAGAUAUGCGCCUCGUCCAGAAGAUAAUCCAUCUUUUUAUACAAUAACGGAAGAGAGAUUAAGGCAGAUUCGUUCCAAGUUUAUGUACUGGUAUUUCGAUAAAGGUGGUGAUAAUGAUAUGGGAGAUUAUCAAACUCCUUUACAGGCGACAACGCUGCAAAUCCACAAAAAUCUGAAUUUUCAACUGCCUUUCUUUGGCUUCAGAUUCAAUUAUACAAGAUUAACUGUUAACGGAUACCUGGAAUUUAGCGAUCCACCGGAGUAUCUUACGUAUCCUCUUGUUUUUCCGAUCAAAGAUUGGCCUAGAAAAAACGAUCCCAGUUUCAUUGGCAUUUUUUUCAGUAAAUGUCGUAUAGGCAGAUUAAGGAAAACAGAUAUCGAUCAAAGAAAACCGGGAGUCUAUUUUAGACUCGAGAGGGAUUUGCAAGGGAGAAAUGAUCAGUUUGGCGUAGAAAUGCGAGAGCGUCUUAUGUGGGACAUAAGACAGGGUGUUGUCGGUGCUGAUUCUUUCAUCCCUAAACACGCCCUUAUUGCAACCUGGAAGAACAUGUCCUUUGCUGGCGGCAUCGACCAGUCCCUAUAUAGAACUAACACGUUCCAAUUGGUUUUGGCUACAGACGAAGUUUUUACUUAUGCCAUUUUUAAUUAUUUGAAUAUACAAUGGACCAGUCACACAGAAGCAGGUGGCGAUACGACACAAGGCGAAAACGGAGUCGCUGCAUACGUUGGCUUUAACGCUGGAAAUGGCACUCAAAGCUAUGAAUAUAAGCCUUAUUCUCAGGCGACCACAAUCCGCGAUUUAACGAGCAGAGGAUGGGCAAAUGGUUUUCCAGGUCGACAUAUUUUCAGGAUAGAUGAAAUAAUGUUGGGCACUUGCAAUAAGGACAUUGCUGGAGCACACUUGCCGCUGGUUUUUGCUCCGGAAAGCGGGAAUAUGUUAGGCGGAACUGUCAUCAACAUCACAGGACCGUGCUUCAACGAGUCGCAAAAGAUCAAAUGUCGCUUCGAGAACGAGGUAGUUAUGGGCACCGUAAUAGACAGAAAUCGCGCAAUUUGCGUACAACCGUUCUUGAAAUACGAAGGCUACAUACGUUUCUACAUUGCCAUUGACAGUGGAACGUACGAUUGGAAAGGCAAAUACUUCGUUGAAACCCCAGCUACAGCGACGGAGAGGAUCUUUUUCAGCGACAAAGAGGCCAUUCAUAUGAAAUAUCCGGCAGAAAUCAAAUUUACGUGGAACGCGUAUAAUUUGACGACCAAUAUAGGGGCAGGAAUACAAAUUUCGUUAUGGGGAUAUAGAGAAACCACAACAAGGCCCGAAUUUCAAUUCAUUUCGACUUUGGAGAAAUCGCAUACCAAUACUGGUAGUUAUAUCAUCAAACCAGAGAAAUACCGAGACGCGUACAAUCCAUUUCACAGAGACAUGAUAUUCGGUUUCAUACAGAUCAAUCUGACCGAACCGCAGUUGUACUCUGGACUUUCGAUAACACCGAGCUUGUGGAGCAGACCAAUUCCGAUCGGUUGGUACUUUGCUCCUCAAUGGGAACGACUAUACGGGUCACGGUGGUCUCAGAAACUCUGCGAUAAGUGGAUUAUGAACGACCGAUAUCUUAAGAACUUCGCCGCCGAGGUAGCGCUUUGUCCUUGUAUUCUGGAGCACGCUUUGUACGAUAAGGGUCGCUUCCUUCCCGAUUACAACUGCGACAAAGAUUCGAACAUAGAUUGUUAUUACAAUCAAUAUGCAACUCACUGCGUGAGGACAGGUGCACCCAACUUGGACGGUUCGGAACAACAAUGCUGUUACGAUAAAAAUAAUUUCCUGAUGCUGACUUACGAUCAGCAAUGGGGAUCGCGACCGCAUCGAUCGCAUAAUUUAGGCUACUUCCCGUGGAACGAGGCUAACAAGGUACCAACUCUUUCACAUUGGUAUCACGAUGUGGUUCCAAUGUAUACGUGUUGUCUCUGGCAAGAGGAACAAGCGGUCGGUUGCGAGACAUUCCGAUUCGAGAGAAGACCAUCGCAGGACUGCAUUGCCUAUCAAUCACCUGGUGUAGCGACUGUAUUCGGUGAUCCCCACUUUGUCACGUUCGACGGUCUGGAGUAUACUUUCAAUGGUAAAGGUGAAUUUGUCUUGUUACGAGUAAACGAUCUCAGAGACAAGCUCGACGUGCAAGGUAGAUUCGAACAAAUGCCCAUCAAUGCUUACGGCCAAGUGAUGGCGACGCAUCUUACCUCGGUAGCAGCGAGAGGAAAUAACUCUGCCACCAUUGAAGUUCGUUUGAGACCCCCACAUGCACAAUGGAGAUAUCGGCUCGAUGUCUUCGCGGAUGGUCAAAGAGUAUAUUUUGACAGACAAUCUUUGAAAUUCCAACAUUCCGGGGUCGUUGUUUACACGCCGACAUACAUUCUGAAUCAGAGCGAAGUCAUUGUCAUGUUCGAUACCGGUGCUGGUGUGGAAGUUGUGGAAAAUGAGGGUUUCUUGUCUACUCGAUUAUAUCUACCGUGGACAUAUCUGAAUAAAACCCAAGGACUGUUCGGGGUUUGGAAUUUCGAUAUCGCAGACGAUUUGAGAAAUCCACAGGGAUAUCAAGUCCCUGUCAACAGCGUGAAUCAUUCGGAGACUAUUCAUAAAGACUUCGCUUUACAUUGGAUGCUAGAAGAUAAAGAGAGCAAACUAUUGGGAGCUGCUUUAUUCCACAGAGAGUUUGGUAGAACAGCGAGUUAUUAUGCUAAUCGCACGUUCACACCAGAAUAUCGAAAAUAUCCAACAGAGAUACUUCCAGUGAAUAGAACAUAUGACAUAAAUCGUGCCAUCGAUUUAUGCGGUGAUUCCUAUCAAUGUCAAUAUGAUUACGUUAUGACCUUAAAUCGAGACUUGGCGCAUUUUACUAGGAAUUAUUACGACACUUACACCCAAAUCAGCGCGUUAAAUAAAAAAGAAACUGUAUCCUGCGGUGUAUUGGAAACACCACGGUUCGGACGUAAAAGCAAUUUCCUAUUUACCCCGGGGGCGAAAGUGAGUUUCGAAUGCAAUCAGGAUUUCACACUUGUCGGUGAUCAACGUCGGGUGUGCACACCGGAAGGCCGGUGGAACACUCCGGAGUACGGGUACACGGAAUGUCUUCGUAAGCAAGAAUACAGCUCUCGUCAAGCAGGUAUUACAACUGGGAUAGUGCUUGCUUGUCUGGUUCCAAUUUUAUUGAUAGUCAUUUGCGUCGGGUACCGAAUCCUGAAUUGCCAUAAAGAACAACGGGAACAAGAAGAAAUCUUAGCAAGAACGCGACAAGCAGAGCUACAACGAAUGCGAAAAAUUGAAGAGGAGGAAUCCAUUCCCUACAGUCCGAGUAAAGCCACAGAAAUCAAUUAGAUUUUAUUAAAAUUUUAGAAAUGUAGAAUUUUUAUAUCUGUUAUA